UAUCAACAGUCCUCACUACUCACCAUCAAACAUCACCCCCUUCCUCCUCUUCCUCUUCCCCCUCCUUAUGUAAGCUCUUUUUUCCUUCCUUUCAAUUCCUUUCUCUUCUUAUUCCUACCUUUUAUACACCUAAUAAUAAUUCCCUCAAUUUUCCCUAGAAAGAAGAAAAAGUGUUAUGUUAUGUUAUGAGAAGCAGCAAAACAAGCAGAAGAAACAGAAUUCAAUUAAAGGCUAAGGAUUUGUGUUGUUAGAUAUAUGUUAGAGAGAUGGAGGUAUUAACAACCGCCACAAACAACAUCACUAGCACUGCGAAAUCGCCAGAACCCGAAACAGAAACACCGACCCGGAUCCAACAACCCGGAAACGUAAACGCAACCGCAAAGCCGUUAUCAUUCUCCAACGGCGUUCUCAAGCGCCACCACCCUCCGGCGCCACAUGCAAACCACUCUCCGGUGACGGUGACCUACAAGGAAUGCUUGAAGAAUCACGUCGCCAGCUUGGGUGGCCACGCGCUUGACGGCUGCGGCGAGUUCAUGCCAUCCCCCACCGCCACCGCCGAUGACCCGAGCUCAAUCAAGUGCGCCGCCUGCGGCUGCCACCGCAACUUCCACCGCCGGGAACCCGAAGAGCCGCCGAUUACCGCCGCGCAUCAUGUUUUCGAGUACCAGCCGCACCACCGCCACCACCCUCCACCUCCGGUUCCGUUCAACCGGAGCCCCAAUUCGGCGUCUCCGCCGCCGAUCUCGUCCUACCCAUCCGCCCCGCACAUGCUACUUGCCUUAUCCGGGGCGGGGCUCCCCGUCCCGCCGGAGAACACCGCCGCGCCGACGCAGACCCCUGGCUCCGAUUCCCGGAAGCGGUUCAGGACGAAAUUCACGCCGGGGCAGAAGGAGAAGAUGCUGGAGUUUGCGGAGAGGGUUGGGUGGAAGAUGCAGAAGAGGGAUGAAGAUUUGGUCAUGGAGUUCUGCAAUGAGGUCGGUGUUGACAGAGGGGUUCUCAAGGUCUGGAUGCACAACAACAAGAACACGUUCGGGAAACGGGAUCAUGCUGCUGCUAACGGCGGCGCUGGCGGCGGAGAUGACGACGGAGCUGGUGGUGGUGAACGCGCAAUCAACGGUAACGGUAACGGCAGUGCUGCUUCACAGGAUCCGAAUCAGUAUGAGAAUGAUAGCGGGACUAACGGUGCUACUAAUGGGUCUUCUUCUUCUUCUUAAUCUUAAUUUAAACAAAAUUAAACAAAAAAUGAGAGAGAGGAAUAAUGAUAAUAAUUAUGUUUAGAUAGAGUAAUUAAGAGCUGGUUACCAGUUAAUUAUUAGUUGUUUUUCUUAAUUUUAAUUGUUUAGUUUUUGUUAAUUAAUGAUCAUGGUGGUGGUGGUGUUGGUCAUCAUCACCUUCUUAGCAUGGGAGAGAAUUUGAAAUUUUUUCAGGGUUCUUAAACUUCCUAUGCUCCUUUUGCUGCUGCUUAAUUAUAAUAAUUAAUUAAACUCUUGUUAUUCAGAAA